GAGGCAGGGGAAAGCACCCCCUCCUCUCCCUCCCCUCCCCGCCCUAAGUGCUCACCACCGGCCAGGAGCACCGCUCCCCCGGCCGCCCCGCUGCCCCCAUGAUGACCGCCAAGGCGGUAGACAAGAUCCCGGUGACCCUCGGUGGGUUCGUGCACCAGCUCCCCGAGGGCAUUUACCCCGCGGAUGACAUCUCCGCCGCGCUGCCAACUUCGGUCGCGAUCUUCCCCAAUGCCGACCUGGCAGGGCCGUUCGACCAGAUGAGCGGUGUGGCAGGAGACGGCAUGAUCAACGUGGACAUGGGCGACAAGCGGGCCCUGGACCUGCCCUACGGUGGCGGCUUCGCGCCCAAUGCCCCGACUUCCCGCAAUCAGACCUUCACCUACAUGGGCAAAUUCUCCAUCGAUCCGCAGUACCCUGGCGCUGGCUGCUACCCCGAGGGCAUCAUCAAUAUCGUGAGCGCGGGGAUCCUGCAGGGGGUCAGCACGCCCUCCUCCGCCGCCUCCUCCGCCGCCGCCUCCUCGGCCACCGCCGCCUCCGCCACGUCCCCCAACCCGCUGACCGGGGCCCUCGGCUGCACCAUGGCACAGGGCCAACCAGCCGACCUGGAGCAUCUCUACUCGUCGCCGCCGCCGCCCUACUCGGGCUGCGGUGACCUGUACCCGCAAGACUCCUCUUCGGCUUUCCUGCCCGCCGCCGGCGGCGGGGCACUGCCUUUUCCCCCUCCACCCUCCUACCCAUCACCGAAGGCGACGGCGGCCGACGGCGGGCUCUUCACCAUGAUCCCCGACUACGGCGGCUUCUUCCCGCCGCCUCAGUGCCAGCGGGAGCUCCACGCCGGCCCCGACCGCAAGCCUUUCCCCUGCCCCCUCGACUCGCUCCGCGUCCCGCCGCCCCUUACGCCGCUUUCCACCAUCCGCAACUUCACGAUGGGGGCGCCCCCGGCGGGCGCCGCCCCCGGCAGCGCUCCCGGCAGCGGCGGGGGCGAGGGUGCGGGCGCCCGGCUGCCCGCCGGCGCCUACAGCCCGCACCACCUGCCUCUGCGGCCCAUUCUGCGGCCCCGCAAGUACCCCAAUAGGCCCAGCAAGACGCCGGUCCACGAGCGGCCCUACCCGUGCCCAGCCGAGGGCUGCGACCGCCGCUUCUCUCGCUCCGACGAGCUCACCCGACACAUCCGCAUCCACACGGGCCACAAGCCCUUCCAGUGCCGUAUCUGCAUGCGGAACUUCAGCCGCAGCGACCACCUCACCACCCACAUCCGCACGCACACCGGCGAGAAACCCUUCGCCUGCGACUUCUGCGGCAGGAAGUUCGCCCGCUCCGACGAGAGGAAGCGGCACACCAAGAUUCACCUGCGCCAGAAGGAACGGAAAGGAGCCGCCGCCACCGGCGGGUGCUCGCAACCCGGCGGCGGGAGCGGGACCGCCGCCCUGGCCCCCUGCGCGGCGAGGACGCGGACGCCCUGACGGCGCGGGACGCGCAGGACCCAGCGCGGAGCCGGCACCGAAAGCGGCAGGCGCGGAGCGGAGAGGGGCCCGGCGGGGCGCGACGAGCACCUGGAGGCGCCGCGGGGCUUUCCCGGGCCGGGGCGGGCCGGAGCGGGCCAGAGCGGCGGGUGUACAUAGGGGCUGCGGCGGGAGGAUGGAUGCAUGCAGUGCCGUCGUGGUGAGGUGUCCUUGGUGCCUUGUGUGGUGUAGAGCCCGGUCCCCUGUCUGCAUGUGGGGGGUGCCUUACCGAUCCGCUCCGAUGACAGCGGCAAUACCGAGACCGGAAAGUUUUUCCCUCCCUGGUUUUAGUAUGGCUGUACAUUUCUGCCUAUUAAUAUUGGGAUUUUUUUUUUCUUAGAGACUAUAUUUUUGUACGCACUGGUUCGGGGUUUUGGUUUUGUUUUUCUUUUUGGUGACUUAAAAGUGUUCCGUUUGUAGUAGGACUUGGGACAGGAUGUAAAUACUAGGGCUGGGACCGGCGGCCGUGGUCGGCCGGGACCCAGUGCGCUGCAGAUAACACGAAUAACACACAACCACUAACGGGGGCUGGAAGGAGGGAGGUGGGGGGUAAUCUUUCUGGUCACUCUGUAAAUAAAAUUUUCGACAAUAGGAUAGAUGCUUACAAAGUUUAUAAAAGACGACAAAUAAAUCUCUUAAUUAUGC